CGUCCCUAUCUUUAAAGGGUAAACAUAAAUAAAGAUGGCGGAUGGGUAGGUGUGUGAAAACAUUCGAUUUUAACAAGAUGAACUAGGUAUACUUUUCUCUUUUGAGUCUACUAAGCUCAUGCUUUAAUAAAAAAGGGCUUCAUGCCAUCACUUAGAAUUAAAAUUUACAAUUCUCAGCUGUAAUUUUCCAAAAUGUCGAUUUUCGAGGGUGCAGAGUAUGGGAAGGGAGAUUUCGUACUCCUGAACCAAGUUACGAUGGAAGAAUUCAUGAGUAAUUUAAAACUCAGAUUCGAAAAAGAAAGAAUUUACACCUAUAUCGGCGAGGUUGUGGUAUCUGUAAAUCCAUAUAAAACUCUCAACAUAUAUGGAAAAGACCAAGUUGCAGAAUACAAAGGAAGAGAAAUCUAUGAAAGACCUCCGCAUAUCUUUGCAUUAGCUGAUGCUGCUUAUAAAACAAUGAAACGCAAGUUUCAAGAUACUUGUAUAGUUAUAUCAGGUGAAAGUGGCUCUGGUAAAACUGAAGCAUCAAAAAUUAUCAUGAGGUAUAUUGCUGCAGUGACAAACCCGGAAAUGGUUUCCGACAUCGAAACAGUCAAGAAUAUACUCAUUCAAUCAAAUGUUAUCCUGGAAGCUUUUGGAAAUGCUAAAACAAAUCGUAAUGACAAUUCUAGUAGAUUUGGCAAGUACAUGGACAUUGAUUUUGAUUUUAAAGGAGAUCCCAUUGGUGGUCACAUAAAUAACUACUUGUUGGAAAAAGCUCGUGUAGUGCACCAACAAGUUGGCGAAAGAAACUUCCAUGCUUUUUAUCAGUUUCUAAAAGGUGCACCAGAGCAUGUAUUAAAGGCUGCAAAGUUAAUUAAUAGACCAAAUGACUACAAAUAUCUUCAGCAAGGAAGAAGUCCAGACGUUGAAUCAAUAAACGACAAGAAGGACUACGAAGCUGUGAAUAACGCUUUAAAAGCUUCAAAAUUUUCUCCAUUGGAAAUUGAAAACAUUUGGAAGCUCAUUGCAGCAAUCAUAGUUUUGGGAAAUGUUACUUUUAAUCAUGAGAACGACCAAGCUUAUGUAAAUGAUCACGAGUCAUUGGUAAGUUUAGCAUCAUUGCUUGGUGUUAGUAAAGAACAAGCCGCAAAAGCUCUUUGUUAUCGAAUUGUUGCUGCAAGAGGCGAGGCUAUUGAGAAAGGGCACAAUAUUGAGGAUGCAAUUUAUGGGAAAAAUGCUUUUGCAAAGGCCAUCUAUGAUCGACUAUUUUCAUGGAUUGUUGGUAAAAUUAAUGCAGCUAUUGAUCCUGCCAAUGGUGCAACAAAGCAUGCUGGAAAUAAAGUUAUCGGUGUACUUGAUAUUUAUGGAUUUGAAAUAUUUGACGAAAACAGUUUUGAGCAACUGUGCAUUAAUUACUGCAACGAGAAACUACAGCAGCUCUUCAUUGAACUUGUGUUGAAACAGGAGCAGGAAGAGUAUCGAAGUGAAAACAUUGGAUGGACACAGGUUGACUACUUCAACAAUAAAGUAAUCUGCGAUCUGAUAGAUCAACCCCAUCGUGGAAUUAUCGCAACACUAGACGAAGCUUGUCUUAAUGUGGGCAAAGUCACUGACCAAAUGUUCUUACAUGCAAUGGAUCAGAAGUUAGGAAAGCACAAUCACUAUAAAAGCAGACAGACUGACACGUCUGAUAAAACGUUAGAACACAAUCAAGAUUUUCAAAUAAGACAUUAUGCAGGAGAUGUGAGGUACUCUGUGCUCAACUUUUUGGACAAAAAUAAAGAUGCCUUGUUUCAAGACUACAAGCGUCUUCUUUACUUUAGUAACAUGGAUAUGUUGAAAGCCAUGUGGCCUGAAGGAAAACAGGAUGUUACUAAGGUAACGAAAAGACCUCAGACCACUGGCACUAUUUUUAAGAAUUCAAUGGUUUCUCUUGUUGAGAAUCUGAUGUCCAAGGAGCCUUAUUACGUCCGUUGUAUCAAACCAAAUGCAGUUAAGUCACCAAGCAAAUUUGACGAUGACCUAGUUGUCCAUCAGGUUCGAUACCUUGGUCUUUUGGAGAAUGUUCGAGUUAGAAGAGCUGGCUUUGCUAACAGACAGCUGUUCACGAGAUUUUUACAAAGAUACAAAGUUACCUGUCCUGCAACUUGGCCAACAUGGAGUAGCGAUCCGAGAUUAGGUUGUGACGAAAUAAUGAGACAUUUCAAUUCACAUGACGAUGUGAAAUAUGGAAGAACAAAGAUAUUUAUUCGAAGUCCGCAAACUUUAUUUUCUAUGGAAGAAGAAAGAAAUAAACGACUACCCGAUGUUGUGUUAACUAUGCAGAAGUAUUGGCGCGGAUACAAAUCAAGGCUUUACGUGAGGAGAUUAAGAGCAGCUCUCCUUGUUAUGAGAAAUUGGAGAAGACAUCGCUUAAGAGAACACGUGAAAGAGCUCAUUAAACUCUACGGAAAUGCGAAGAAAGAACCUCAUUAUGGACGAGAUAUUCAAUGGCCAGUCAUCCACAAAUGGCCACUUGCAAUCUCGAAACUGGAUCCUCUACUCAAAUCGUUCUUUGAUAGAUGGCGUGGGGUUAUGAUGCUCCAGUCUGUGCCAAGAGAACAAUGGGGGGAAGUCAAAAUAAAAAGUGCAGCAAUUGAAGCACUUGACAGAAGAAAGAAAGAAUUUGGACUGAAAAGACGUUGGCAUGGCAACUACUUGGUGCAGGAACCUGAAAAUCGCAACUUUCAACUCUUCGACAAGUUAUUAUCAGCUAUUAUGGACAGAAGAGGUGGCAAAAUAUUAUUUUCGUCCUUCAUCAGAAAGGCGAAUAAACACGGCAAAAUGGAAGAUCGCGUCAUUGUAGUCACGACUAGUGGUAUUCUUAAGAUGACCAAUCGGUAUAAAGAGAUGAAAUUUAUUCCAUUCAACAAGAUUACUGGUUUGGCUGUAACAACGGGUGCCGAUAAUUUUGUUUCUAUUCGAUCUCCUGGUAAUGAUUUGGUGAUUUGCUUAUACAACAAUAAAAAGGAAUGCCGCUCUGGCGAGUUGGUUGGUGUGUUAUAUAGUCAGUACAGAAGUGUCACAGGGGGUUCCACACUCCCUCAAGGUGUUGACGUACGCGAUGCUCUUCAAGUAACACUUGGAGGUAAAUCUAAAACAGUAACUACACAACCUAAAGAUGAUGGAGUUCCGGAAUUUCAUUGGUCAACUAAAUCUACCAUUGUGUGCCGAUGCAUUACACGAUAAGAAUACAGAAUUUGGAUUGGUAAGCGGAAAUAAAAAUGACGGAAAGUGUGCCAUGGAAAUCGGGCUUGAUUAGGUGCCAGUGAAUCGUAAAAAUCAGAAUAAAAGUUAAAUUUUUACCUACUAAAUUAAUCAUAUAUCCCUGGAUCCUUUGCGAAAUAUACCCAUUAAUUUUAUAUACACAUUUAUAGUAUUUUGUAUUAUUGAAAAUAUUUCUAUUUGUGCUUUUUAUUACUCGUGUUUCUUUUUUAAAUAAGGGUUAUGGCGAUUUUUUUUGUCAAUUUUACAAAUGUAUACUGUUUUUCAUAGCCUUUUUUUGGCGGAUACAUUAUAGAGUAUUAGCCCAUCGCUACUCGCAGCUGCCAUCUUUGUCUACCAUCUUGUUUACCAUCUUUGUCUACAGGCAGACAUUAAGUAUUUCUUAAUAUGGAGAUUUUUAAAGGUGAUUUUUAGGCGUGUUUUGCCACAAAUAUUUCCUAAACUAAAUAUUUAUAUCGGUGAUUUUUUUAGAAGUUUUGAAGUUAUUGUUAAUUUUUUUCCUUUUGUUUUUAAACUUAUUUAUGACAGAUUUCAAUUUUUUAGUUAUUUUCAUUUUUAAACUUUGAAACUAUAGUCAAUAAACAGGUUAACAAAAAACUUUUGAUGCCGACUUGUUUUAUAGCAACUUAUUAAACAGUUCGUACGAGGUGACACAAGUUUGGUUUUCAAUAUGUUUUUCUUCCGUUUAAAGUCAGUGUUUUAUUGAUCAGAUUAGCUUUAGUUAGUUAUAUCAAAUUUGUAAAAAUUCAUGCACAUUUAUAAAUAAAAACUUUUUUAUAUAUAAAAAAUGCAUUAAAUAAUAAAAUUGA